GUCAGUUGCAACCCUUGCAGUAAUCCUUGAUAAAGUGACCCAAAUCUUUUGUGAUACUACCCACACCCGACAUUUAUUGGUGUUUAGCACAGAGCAAGGGAACGCUCCACAGUACACUGUCAAGAGCGUUUCCUAGGCAGUGUUUUUGCAUCUUUCGCCACGAGAACGAGUCGCUAACAUUACGGGGCAUACGGAAACGGACAGGGGCCGGCCCAGGGCCUCAGUUUCUAAAAUGGACCAUGCUGGGCACCGGCGGCUAUGGGUUGAGGUGGUUACAAAUGCUGUAGCAUUGGGCGCCAUGGUAUGGGGCCUCAAGCUGUGCGUACAAUACCUGGACCCCUAUCGCGAGCAGCGUGAGCAGGCCAAGAAGCGCUCCGCCUUCCUGAAGCAGCACCUGGGUCGCUCCCUGGACCUGAACGAGUACGAGCAGCUGCUGGCGGCGCAGGUGAUGAACCCCGACCACAUCGAAGUGGAGAUGCAGGACGUGUCCGGGCUGGACAGCAUCGUAAGCGACCUGGAGACCAAGGUGUUGUUCCCCCUGACGCGGCCCGAGCUGUACCGGACAACACUCUGGAAGCAGGCGAAGGGCGUCCUCCUGUACGGACCGCCUGGAACCGGCAAGACCAUGCUUGCAAAGGCUGUGGCGAAGCAGUCCGGCUGCUUCUUCCUCAACAUCACCGUCUCCUCCAUCAUGAGCAAGUGGCUGGGGGACGCCAACCGGCUGGUGCGCGCGGUGUUCAGUCUGGCGUCAAAGCUGCAGCCCUGCAUUAUCUUCAUCGACGAGGUGGAUGCAAUGCUGGGCAAGCGCGGCGCCAGCAGCGAGCACGAGGCCACGCUGCAGGUCAAGACGGAGUUCAUGCAGCUGUGGGAUGGCAUGGAGUCGAGCCGUGGGCAGCGUGUGGUGGUCAUGGGCGCCACCAACCGGCCCUGGAUGGUGGACGAGGCGGUGCUGCGCCGGUUCACGCACAUGUACGAGGUGGGGCUGCCCGGCAAGGCGCAGCGCAAGGCCAUCCUGCUGGGCUACCUGCGCAAGCACGCCGCGGAGGUGCCGGGCAGUGUGGCCGAGGAGCUCCUGGCGGUGGAGGAGGGCGGCAGCAGCAGCAGCAGCCCCAGUGCGCUGGACCGCAUUGCUGAGGCGACGGAGGGCUACAGCGGCAGCGACCUGCUCGAGCUGAGCUCGCAGGCGGCGCAGCGGGUGCUGGCGGAGCACCUGCACGAGCUGCAGCAGAGUGAGUCGAGCGGGCAGCCAGCUCCGUACAGCAUUCGGAAGCUGGGCCUGGAAGACCUGGAAGAGGCGAUGGGGCACGUCCGGCCGUCCACCCAACGCGCAGACGAUUACAGCCGGGUAUCGUCGAGGUCCGCUGGUGGGGGUGUCGGCAUCCCGAUGACACCACAAGACCUCUCGGCUGCGCUUGCUUUGCUAAUGCAGCUACGAAAUGCUUAGAAGUAGGCCGUGUCAGGUUAUGGCGAC